CGUGUCGCCAAAAGGUUUGCUGAAAUGGAGAUGUCUAUUUCUUCAGAAAUGGAGAGGAUCUGGACUCCGAAAAAAGUGUUGCUCCCCCACCCCACACCUUAGGGUUCUUCGGUUCUUCUUCUCCUUUCAACCCAACAAGAGAACCUUAGAAGAAAAAAAAAAUCACAUUCCCCAAAACGCCCUUCGCGCAACGCAUGGCGAAAACGAGGCCAGGCAGAAAGGACUUGGACUCGUACACCAUAAGAGGAACCAACAAGAUCGUCCGAGCUGGCGAUUGCGUUCUGAUGCGGCCCUCGGACACGUCGAAGCCCCCCUACGUGGCGCGCGUGGAGAAGAUCGAGCAGGACAACAGGAACAACGUGAAGGUGCGUGUGAGGUGGUACUACAGACCCGAAGAGUCCAUUGGGGGUCGCAGACAGUUCCAUGGUGCCAAAGAGCUUUUUCUCUCCGACCACUAUGAUGUGCAGAGUGCGCACACCAUCGAAGGCAAGUGCUUAGUGCACUCUUUCAAGAACUACACUAAGCUUGAGAAUGUGGGUGCUGAGGAUUACUAUUGUAGAUUUGAGUACAAGGCCGCAACUGGGGCUUUCACUCCUGACCGUGUUGCUGUGUAUUGCAAGUGUGAGAUGCCAUAUAACCCGGAUGAUCUCAUGGUACAAUGCGAAGGGUGCAAGGAUUGGUACCAUCCUGCUUGCGUGGGCAUGACUAUUGAAGAAGCAAAGAAACUAGAUCAUUUUGUAUGUUCCGAAUGUUCAUCUGAUGAUGAUAUGAAGAAACCACAAGCUACAUUUUCUGCAUCACCUGGAGCUGAUGGCAAGGUGGAUUCGAAGCGACGGAAGAGAUGACGAUGAUGGUGAAGAAGGAAGAAAGAAUGUGAUAGCUUUUGUGUGGCUAUAUGGUAGCUUUUGUGUGUUGUACAGCUUCUUCAUAUAGAGGCUAUAAACAUUUUACUAUGUAUCUAUCUCUGUCUUAUCUUAGAUUUUAUUACUCUGACAUUUCUCUCAUAUAACUCUUUAUUCCUCAGACUCAGAUCAUGACAUCAAACAUUAAAUACUUUUGAUAUGUUAGAAGUACACACAAGUUGUUAGUGUUAAA